AUGGGAAGUAAAAGAGAAGAAGAGCGGAACGAGAAGAUUAUUCGCGGUCUUAUGAAGCUUCCACCGAAUCGCCGCUGUAUCAACUGCAAUAGCCUUACUUGCAAAUUGGUGCAGGGUCCUCAAUAUGUUUGCACGACUUUCUGGACCUUCGUAUGCAUGGCUUGUAGCGGGAUUCAUCGUGAAUUUACUCAUCGUGUGAAGUCUGUAUCAAUGUCAAAGUUUACUUCUCAAGAGGUUGAAGUACUUCAAAAUGGUGGUAAUCAGCGUGCACGAGAAAUAUAUUUGAAAAGCUGGGACCAUCAACGGCAGAGACUUCCGGACAACAGGUUUAAUUCAUUACUUUUAAUGCUGAAAGAGUCCGCGAAUUUAUCAAAAAUGUGUAUGUGCAAAAGAAAUACGCAGGAGCAGCAAAUGCUACGGAUAAGCCUCUUAAUGAUAGCCAGGCAAGAUAAUCUCAACCAUGGAAGUUCUGAAGAUGUGACUCGACGGGCCAACUCGUAUCAUUCUUACUCCCAAAGCCCUCCUUACGACUAUCAGUAUGAAGAGCGUCGUUACGGAAAAAUACCCUUGGGGUUAACCGGAAAGUCUGCUUCAGUAAAAGGUCUUCAUUCGAAAGCCUCUAGUUUUGUAUACAGCCCUGGACGGUUUAGUGAUCAUGCGUUUGAAGACCAUUUCGCAAAUGAGGGCUCUGCUCCAAGGGCUUCAGAUUUCUCUGUGUCAAGUGGAGGAGAUACUUUCAGGUCUGAAAUACAGUCCCCAAAUUUCCAGCAAGAAGGUGGAUUUCGUAGUCCCCAGUUUCAGCAUUCAAAUGCCCCUCCAAGUGAAAACUUAUUUCCAGGCAGGCAACAUCAGAGAACUACGUCUUCUGGGAGUGUCAGAUCAGUUGAAAGUAAUUCCAUGUCUAUCAAGUCAUAUACCUCGAGUGGUUUAGGGGAAGGCGCAUCUGAGAAUGGUCAAAAUACAGGAAGCCAGCAAGAUAAAACAUCUACUCCUGUUUCUUCAGCAGCAGUGUCGACAAAGCCUCCGAUUGAUUUGUUUCAGUUGCCAGGAGCUCCAAUGGCUCAAUCAGUCAAUAUAUCUCAACCUUCAAUAGGAGCCGGAUCUCCUCCACCUGUGAAUUUUCAUCAACCUCCACCGACAUACUCAUCCACCCCGACAGAUUUGCUUGCUGGAAUUUUGGGUCAGCAACCAGACUUGUCUGCGCCUAAGAACGAAGGAUGGGCUUCUUUUGACAAUCCAGUGCCUGCUGCAAAAUCUACAAACAUUAGCAUCUCCCCUGGAGUUCCCGAGUUGGAAGUGAAAAAUGAAGGAAUCCCGCAGCCUAGCACAAGCAUGCCAUGGCCACCUUAUCCAUCAGUUGUGGAGCAGCAUGCUUUGUCGGUUUCAAGUCCGUGGCAAGAUGAUCUCUCGAAUGUUUUGAAAAAUGUCACCCAUACUCCGCCGUGGAAUGCCUUUCCCGACUCUAUUGAGGCCAAUCCUUUGGACAGCGCUAAGCAUAUUCACCAAGAUGGAGCAAGUACUUCGUCAGCUAACACUGAUCAACAGCACUUAGAACCACAACUUGUAGAGGAAUUAAGAUAUGAUGGCAUCCAGACAGCCACAAUAUCUACUGGUUCUUCUGGUUUUGGUUUUCCAGCCACAAUACCAGCAUACUCCCCUCACAUGGUUCCAGAAGAAGCUUGGCAGCAUGUAAACCAUCAAAAGUCAGCCAAUCCAUUUGAUCUCCCUUAUGAUUCCGAGUUCGACUCAGAUGACAUGUUCGUGGAUAUGAGUUCCUUGCAAGGGGCACUGCCCGAUAUCGAGACACCACCAACCUUCCUUAAUGGUGUAUCACAGCCAUGGCUCUCUGCAGAUUCUGUAGCCUCGUAUCUACCUGCUCAAGCAGGCGCACAAGGCCUGGUAGGUUAUCUAACUCCUUGGAAAACUGCUGCAGGUGGCUUAGUAUGCAUGGCAGGGCAAGCAUCAACGUCUCAACUACAGUAA